CUCCUGGCACCAUCCUAGAGGAGCCUGCGCCCUGGAGAGGUGGCUUCCUGACCCCGAGCCCAGGCGACCACCGGAGCGGGCACCGCGCCUCUGCUCCCGCCUCAGCCUCGCGCCAACCUUGUUCUCUUUGCGUGCUCCCUAACUAAAAAAGAAAAAGAUUUUGAUUGUCUGCUCUUUUUUUAUACAAACAUGGAAACUAGACUAACAGCACUACUACUAACAUUUGCAAAUAAGUUGAAUACUAAAAGGCUCCAAAUUUAAAUUAUAGAUGAGGGAAUGCAUGAAAGUCUGAUGGAAUACGAGUGUUAGAAUUCAAUAGGAAAGUACUUGCAUCGCUGUAUACAAUAUAGCCCCAAGAACUCCGUCCGAGUGUUGCCUUCCGAAGCUUGAAACUUAAAGCUGAUUUGUAAGGCAUAAUGUUGCUUGACCCUCUUGGCCGUUUUCGUUCCUCUGGUUUAUGGGUUCGAGCUCUUUAUGCCUUCCCCUUAUCCCAAGGACCAGCUGAUGAAUUCGUAUGAAUGUUUCUUAGGAGCUCGUUCUAAACAUUCAAGUUACUUUAAGAACAUUAAUAUCUAGAGGUAAAACUAAGAUAUGAAUGCAAUGUUUUCUUUUAAAAGCAUUGCGUGUCCUAGUUCUCUUGGAAGUCAACAUUUCAUUGUUUCACUAGGUGACUCGCUGCUAAUAACCUUUGGUUGUGUACCAUAUUAAUUUUAGGUCAUUUAUGCAAACAUAAUAGCUAUCCUUUUUCGUCGUAAGUGAUUUAUAACUGGAAAUUUGUAAACUAAUAAUGUUUUGCUUCUGAAAUGCAAACUUGCAUCUUAAAGUGAGUUGUAAAGUCUGCUCAAUAAAUUUUAGUUGCCUUAUCUGUACUCAGGACAAGAGUAUACUACUAUAGGCAAGAGUCUAAAAACAAUAUAAGUAAUUUUAUACAACCUUUUAAAGUACACCGUAGGCAAGCAGAUUCUGAUUUCCAACUUUUGUAGUCUUCCUUGUUCAUCUGUGUCAUAUUUCUGAUUAUUGACACAAAAGCACACACCAAGUUACUUCUUGUUUGUGCCUUACUAUUUUUAUUCAGGGUUUUCAAGUCACUGACAUAGAAGCACAUAGAAGCAUAAAUUCACACACUCUGACCUAUAUGUUUCUAGUGGUGAGACUUUUUUUUUUAAACAAAUGCCAUAUCUAGUGAGUCUAUUCUUUGUUAAUGUUCAUAGUUUGGAUGCCUUAGUUCACCUCUAACCAUCUCUGCUCUGUCAGCAUUCUCUGUCUGUCCUUGCUUGACGCUUUCUCAUUCUGCAUGCCGCUGGCUAGAUGUCUCUAAGAUUUAUGAAACAGGAAGCCAGAGGUAACCUUUCUCACUUCUUGAAUCCGAUAACCCUCUGGGUAGAUUACAGCAGUUUGUCUGAAAAAUAAUAAUGGCACUAUUGUCUUGAACUACUUCAAAGAGAUCAUUUGGAGCUGGUGUAGAACCAAAAAAAGAAAUAAAAGCCCAGAAAUGCCCCAUUCCACAAACAAAGAGCUAAUCCUUGGCAUCAUGGCGGGGACUGCUGGGAUCAGCUUGCUGGCCUUCUGGUACCACAAGGUCCUCAAGCCGAGGACGACCAUGAACUUCCCUAAGCUUUUUUCUCUGGGUAAGAAAUUUGGUUCACUAACUCUGCCAGAGGAAAGCCACAGUGCACAAGGAGCAUCGGUGGUCUUUCAAAGGAGGCAACUCCAGAUCUUGGAAAAGCUAAACGAGCUACUGACCAACAUGGAAGAACUGAAGGAGGAAAUCAGAUUCCUGAAAGAGACAAUUCCAAAGCUGGAGGAAUGUAUACAAGAUGAAUUCAGAGGGAAGGUGACAGUUCAUAAGAUCAGUCCUCAGCACAGAGCGAGGAAAAAGAAGGGGACAACCGUUCAACGCUCAGCAACAAGUAACAGCUCAGAGGAGGCAGAAAGUGAAGGAGGGUAUAUUACAGCUAACACUGACACAGAGGAACAGAACUUCCCGUUCCCCAAGGCUCUUAACACACACAUAGAGGAGCUAAAGUUGGAUGUCCUCCUUCAGAAGGCAGACCAUUUGCGGAUGAAUGAGUCUCACAAAAUGGAGAGUUUUGAGCUACUCUGCGACCACAAGGAGAAGUUUAGUGAAGAAACAGAGUUUCUGUGGCGCCUGGCCCGAGCCUAUGGAGACAUGUAUGACCUAUCUACAAGUACACAAGAAAAGAAGCAUUAUGCUAAUGUUGGAAAAACUUUAGGAGAGAGAGCUAUUACCAGAGCGCCCAUGAAUGGACACUGCCAUCUGUGGUAUGCAGUUUUGUGUGGUUAUGUAUCUGAGUUUGAGGGCUUGCAGAACAAAAUUAACUGUGGACAUCUAUUCAAGAAGCAUCUAGAAAUAGCCAUCCAGCUUUUGCCUGAAGAACCCUUAUUAUAUUACCUCAAGGGAAGAUAUUGUUAUACUGUCUCAAGACUCAGCUGGAUUGAGAAAAAAAUGGCUGCUACUCUGUUCGGAGAAAUACCAUCUUCAACGGUUCAUGAAGCUUUGCACAACUUCCUUAAGACUGAAGAACUGCAACCUGGUUAUUCCAUGUCCAACUAUAUGUAUGCAGCCAAGUGUUAUGUUGAACUUGGGGAACCUCAGGAGGCUUGUAAAUUCUGUAACUUGGCAUUGCUACUGCCUAUUGUCACCAAAGAGGACAAGGAUGCCCAUAAAGAGGUGAAGAAAAUGAUCGGUUCUUUGAAGAGGAAGAAAACUGACAAGAAGAAUGGUAAAAGCCACUGAAAAUGUCAAGUAGAGGAAUGUGGCGAGCUACAGAGACUAAAAAAAAAUAAAUAAAAGUGUAAAACUGUAGUCCU